GCAGACAGCCAGUCAGACCAGCACUGUCCAAAACUUUCUGACUGUAAACUCUCAGAGAGUCACUGUGAAGUCGUGGCCUCAGCUCUGAAGUCCAACCCCUCCCAUCUGACAGAGGUGGACCUGAGUUACAAUGACCUGACGGAUUCAGGAGUGGAGACACUGUGUGCUGGCCUGGAGAGUCCAAACUGUAGACUGCAGACUCUGAGAUUGGAGGAAUGCAGUUUGUCAGAGAUCAGCUGUGCUUCUGUGGUCUCAGCUCUGAAGUCCAACCCCUCCCAUCUGACACAGCUGGACCUGAAUCUGAACGACCUGGAGGAUUCAGGAGUGAAGCUGUUGUGUGAUUUUCUGGAGAGUCCACACUGUAGACUGAAGACUCUGAGAUUGAGGAGCUGCAGGUUGUCAGAGCUCAGCUGUGCUUCUCUGGCCUCAUCUCUGAAGUCCAACCCCUCCCAUCUGACAGAGCUGGACCUGAGUGACAACAACCUGCAGGAUUCAGGAGUGAAGCUGCUGUGUGAUUUUCUGGAGAGUCCACACUGCAGACUGAAGACUCUGAGAUUGAGGGAGCUGCAGUUUGUCAGAGAUCAGCUGUGCUUCUCUGGCCUCAGCUCUGAAGUCCAACCCCUCCCAUCUGACAAAGCUGAACCUGAGAGGAAACAAGCGGCAGGAUUCAGGAGUGAAGUACUAUGUGAUUUCUGGAGAGUCCACACUGCAUUCUGCAGAGACUCUGGGUGGGAGUCGUGGUGA